AGAGAAAGACUAUCAAACGAAAUCAAUCAACGCACCGUUAGUCCUCCUGCUAUUUUCUGCAUCAAUUUUGCGGGAGAAUAAAAAUUCGAAUCCAAAAUCCGCGUGAUUGAUUUCAAGUUUCGACAUCAGCAUGUGAAACUGGACGCAAGCUGUAAUCUUUAACCGUCGCGGUGGCUUCCGGCGCUCCAUCGCCGGUCGAGUUCUCUCUGGCUCCGGUGAUUAAUUAAAAAUUGUAAAAAUUAUAUAUAUUAAAUGCAUAGUUAAUAGAAAACUUCCAAGCCCAUUCACUUUUCUAUUCCACUUUCACAUUCACAGAAUUAAAAUCUUUGUUUCUCUUGCUUCCUAUCACAGUCUUCAGUCUUCUCUCACCCAAUCUUCACCGUCACAUCACAAUAAUAUGCCAACUUUGUGCAAAAUAAGCUUGUUGUUAAUGCACUUGUGAAGUUCAGAGAGAAAGAGAGAGGGUGGUAUUACAAUGAGAGCAUGGCUCUGCAAAGACAAUCAGGGAUGGAGAGGAUUGGGGUUCGGGGAAGCCAUGAUCUGCACGAUGCGAACGGUGCGGCGGAUCACGUGACCAUUGGGGUUUAUGCCCCGCCGCAUAAGCAGCCAAGGCUCCGGCGAUCUGUGCGAUCCGACUGGACACGCAAGCUCACGGCAGGGCUUAUUCCGGUGUUCCUGUUCCUCGCGCUUGGCGUCACUGUCAUAGCGUAUUAUUACCUUUCCCUGGACGAAGUAAACAAAGAUAGUGAUGAGAGUGAUGAUUUAAAGAAUGAUUCUGAUUUUCUUACAAAUGUGCCACGAAUAGAGAGGAGCAGGGUCCUUGAGUUUGGGAAUGGUUCAGUGGGUGGUCAUGGACGAGAUUCAAGGUAUUGGGAUAGGGAUGAUAGGCGAAGGGAUGGAGAUUACAAUGAGGAUGUGGUGGAGCAAAUCAACAAGGAUGAAAAUAUUGAUAAAAGCGGUGCUUUUGAUAAGAUGAAAAGCAAUAUAAGGUCUUCAAAUGGUGAUCCUCACAAGGGUUCAGAGAAAAGAGGUGUUGGCUUGUACAAUGAAGCAGGGCGUCAUGAAUUGAAAAAGUAUGAAGCAGAAUAUGAGGCCUCCUUGAAGAAUGCAGUAAACUUAACUGAGAAUUAUGACAAAAUGUCUUUUGAUGCUGGUCAAGAAAAGAUGAAUGCUGCAAUUGAUAUUGAUGAUGAGUAUGAUGACUUUUCUGAUUCUCAGGAUGGUGGAAUGGAAGAUUACGGGGACAGCAGAAAUGCAGGGGAGAAACAUUCCAAUUCUAAUAUGCUAAAAUUUGACAGUGAAGUUCAUGGAGCAUCGCUUCAUUCUUUUGAUCAUGGAGUUAAGGAUGAUAUUGUUUCUGAAAAUGCUGAGGGAGAAACUUCCUUAAACAUAAAAACCUCCCAUUCUGUGAAAGGAAAUUCUCAACAAGUCAGUCAUGAAGAUGGACAAUCGAUGAAAAAAUCUCAUUCAGAAACAAAGAAGAAACGUAAACGCCGCAAAUUUUCAGGGUCUUGUGAGAUGAAGUUGUUAAACUCAACAUCACAACUUGUUGAGCCUCUGGAAAGUCGAAAAUUUGUAAGAUUUAACUUGCAGUAUGCAGAAAAAGAAGAGAAGCCUUUGGGAGAUGAACAAUGGGUGCCUAGAUUUGCAGGGCAUCAAAGCUUAGAAGAGAGGGAAGAGUCAUUUUUGGCUCAGGAUCAAAAAAUUAAGUGUGGCUUUGUCAAAGGUCCAGAAGGUUUGCCAAGCACCGGAUUUGACUUGUCAGAAGAUGAUUCAAAUUACAUUAGCAGAUGCCAUAUUGCAGUUAUCUCAUGCAUUUUUGGAAAUUCUGAUCGGUUGAGAACACCAGCUACUAAAACGGUCACUCGUGUGUCGAGGAAGAAUGUCUGCUUUGUAAUGUUCAUUGAUGAAGUCACACUGCGAACACUUGUGUCUGAUGGUCAUGAGCCUGACAGAAUGGGUUUCAUUGGAUUCUGGAAAUUAGUGGUAGUGAAAAAUCUACCUUAUGAUGACAUGCGGAGAGUGGGAAAAAUACCUAAAUUAUUGCCACAUCGGCUUUUUCCUGCUGCAAGGUAUACAAUCUGGUUGGACAGCAAAUUGCGUCUCCAGCUUGACCCUCUACUUAUCUUGGAGUACUUUUUAUGGAGAAAAGGUUAUGAAUUUGCGAUAUCCAAUCACUAUGAUCGGCAUUGUGUUUGGGAAGAGGUUUCACGAAACAAGAAAUUGAACAAGUACAAUCAUACUUGGAUAGAUCAACAAUUUGCAUUUUAUCAGGCUGAUGGACUGAAAAAAUUUAAUGCUUCCGAUCCAAAGAAGCUUCUCCCCAGCAAUGUACCUGAAGGUUCCUUUAUCAUCAGGGCACACACUCCAAUGACUAAUUUGUUCUCCUGUCUUUGGUUCAAUGAAGUCGAUCGGUUUACUCCUCGUGAUCAGCUAAGUUUCGCUUACACUUAUCAGAAGCUGAAAAGGAUGAACCCUGAUAAACCUUUUCAUCUUAACAUGUUCAAGGAUUGUGAGAGGAGACACAUGGCCAAACUGUUUCAUCACAGGGUGGAUGAGAAACACCGACAAAAGGUCACGGAGUAAAGUAUGUGUUCGCGGGCAUAUUUUGACCUUGAUCUGAUGUACUUGGCCUGUCUCUUCAAUCACUGUUAAUAUUGUGAUCCCAUGCUUGCCCAUGCGAAGUUUCGGCCACAUAAUUUAGAGACUCAAUGAUACUGCACAGGUGUUUCCAAGAGGAGCUAACUGUUGGUAGACAUAUCACACGCGAUUAUUAUGCUUAUAUAUAUAUAUAUAUAUAUAUUCUGUAUCCAUUCAUUGCAGUAAAUUCAUUUCUUCCUCUGGGAAGCAAAGAGAACCUCAAGAUAUGACCUCGUGGCCAUCACCUACAGCAGCUCCUGGUCAUUUUCAUUUUCAUACUUCUGGGAUUGCUUUGUUGUAUGUAGAAAAUUUUGAUAUGGUAGGUCAUUCAUCCAUCCUCUUGUCAGGAAUCCGACUUUUGUGAUUCUUGUAUCAAUUAUUGAUUCUAUCACUGCACUAUUCUUUAUAUUAUCAUGGUAAUCGGUUAUAAAGAUGAAUUUGUUGCUC